AUGGAUAUCGAAGCUAUCAAGGAAGCUUGGGCGCAGCAGGAAGAGCAGGAUGGUGCUCGCUUAAGUUGGAAUAUCUUCCCAGGGUCCCGACUUGAGGCAAGCAGACUUGUCGUCCCUAUCGGUGUCCUCUACACUCCCUUGAAAGAGAAGGCAGACCAGAACUAUAUCGUCCACUAUGAACCUGUCACAUGCAGAAGCCCGUGUCGGGGUGUUCUUAACCCUUACUGCCAAGUCGACACUCGCGCAAAGCUUUGGAUAUGCCCGUUCUGUCUCAAUCGCAACCAGUUCCCGCCUCACUACAAGGAUAUCUCCAAUAACUCUUACCCUCCCGAACUCCUCCCCCAGUUUUCAACCAUUGAAUAUGCUCUUGCGAGACCGGCUCCGGCCCCUCCAAUCUUCUUGUUCGUCGUCGAUACUUGCCAGGAGGAAGAUAGCUUGAAGGCACUCAAGGACUCUAUCAUUGUCAGCUUGAGCAUGUUGCCACCUACCUCCCUUGUUGGUUUGAUUACAUACGGAACAAUGGCCCAAGUUCACGAGCUCGGAUAUAACGAAUGCCCCAAAUCCUAUGUAUUCAGAGGAACCAAGGAAUACUCCGCCAAAACUGUGCAAGAAAUGCUCGGAAUCAUCAAUCCCGGCCUUCGACCCCAGCAACCACUGCCACAAGGUCAACGCCCGCCACCUCAAAUGGGUGCUGGUGCUCGUUUCCUGCUCCCUGUUGCGGCUUGUGAAUUCCAGCUCACAAACGUUCUCGAGCAACUCCAAAAGGAUCCCUGGUCCGUCGCCAAUGAUAAACGCCCUCUAAGGUGUACCGGUGUUGCCCUGAGUGUCGCUGUAGGAUUAUUGGAGUCGUCUUUCGCCAAUACCGGAGCGAGAAUUAUGUUGUUUUCUGGCGGACCUGGAACCGAAGGCCCCGGUAUGGUCGUUGGACCUGAAUUGAGGGAGCCCAUUAGAUCCCACCACGACAUUGAACGGGAUAACAUCAAGUACUAUAAGAAGGCAAUGAAGUUUUAUGACGGCCUUGCGAAACGAACUGCGCACAAUGGCCACAUCAUUGAUAUAUUUGCUGGUUGUCUUGAUCAGGUCGGGUUAUUGGAGAUGAAGGGUCUCUCAAAUUAUACCGGUGGACAUAUGAUCUUGACCGACAGUUUCAAAUCUUCAAUGUUCAAGCAGAGUUUCAUCAAGGUUUUCGACAAGGAUGCUAACGAAAACCUGCAGAUGGGUUUCAAUGCUUCACUCGAAGUCCUCACCACCAAGGAGCUAAAAAUCACCGGCUUGAUCGGACACGCCAUCUCCCUCAACAAGAAAUCAACCUCCGUUGGUGAGACUGAGUGUGGUAUUGGAAACACAUGCUCGUGGAAACUGUGUGGUAUUACGCCUACUUCUACCGUCGCCACAUACUUUGAGGUCGCGGGUCAAGCUGGCCCACCAGCCCACCAACAAGUUCCACAGAAAGGGUUAAUCCAGUUCUUGACUUACUACCAACAUUCUUCAGGCCAAUACCACCUUCGUGUUACAACUAUCGCCAGAGAUGUCAGUGCUCCAACCGGUGACCCAGCUGCUAUCGGACAUUCCUUCGACCAAGAAACUGCUGCUGUUCUUAUGGCUAGAAUAGCUGUCUUCAAGGCCGAGGUUGAUGAUGGCCCAGAUGUGCUACGUUGGGUUGAUCGAAUGCUCAUCAGGUUGUGUUCGCGAUUCGCGGAAUACCGAAAAGAUGAUCCGACUUCCUUCCGUCUUGAGAAGAACUUCUCGCUUUACCCACAGUUUAUGUUCCAUCUUCGACGCAGUCAGUUCUUGCAGGUUUUCAACAACUCGCCUGACGAGACUGCGUUUUACCGACAUAUUUUGAAUAGAGAAGAUUGUAGCAACUCGCUUGUGAUGAUUCAGCCGACUUUGGAUACGUACACUUUCGACCAGCCGUCACAGCCUGUACUGCUUGACUCUACUAGCAUACAACCUACCCAUAUUUUGUUGUUGGAUACUUUCUUCCAUAUCUUGAUUUUCCAUGGCGAAACUAUUGCCGAGUGGAGAAAAGCAGGGUACCAAGACCAAGAGGGAUAUGAGAACUUUAAGGAGCUACUACAGCAACCGAAGGACGAUGCUCGCGAUCUCAUUCAAGACCGUUUCCCUCUUCCACGUUUCAUCGUUUGUGACGCUGGUGGGUCUCAAGCUCGUUUCUUGCUGAGCAAGUUGAACCCGUCGACGACGCAUACAACUGGAGCAUACGGUGGUGGUACUCAAAACGCGCAGACAAUCUUCACCGACGACGUGUCGCUACAAACAUUCAUGGAGCACUUGAUGAAACUGGCUGUCACCGGUACGAAUUGA